UUCUUGGUGAACUUCAUUUCGACACCUCACAGCAUAUUGUUUGCUCUGUCGCUCAAAGACUAUCAGCCGAAAACUUUGCGCCAAAUUGGCGAAUUUCUUAAGCUCCACCCUUCGCUUGCAACAUCCUCUUAGAUUUUACCAUGUCCUCGCGAAAAACCAUUUUCGGCCAAGUUGUUAUCGGUCCUCCCGGUAGCGGAAAAUCUACCUAUUGUCAUGCGAUGUCCGAUUUUCUUCGCUCCCAGAAUCGCAAAGUAGCUAUGGUCAACCUAGAUCCUGGUAAUGAUGUCUUACCGUUCACCGCUUCCAUUGAUGUAUCAAAAUUGAUCACUGUCCAAGAUGUCAUGGAAAACUUAAAUCUGGGUCCGAACGGUGCUUUGGUCUAUUGCAUGGAAUUCCUCGAAAAGAACUUGGACUGGCUUUUUGUGGAAAUCGAGAAAUUUAAAGAUCACUAUUUUAUUUUCGAUCUACCUGGACAGGUUGAGCUGUAUACUCAUAACAAUUCGGUGAAAAACAUCAUGAAGCAGUUGGAAGAAUUCGGUUUGCGUCUGUGUUGCGUUCAGCUGGUGGACUCCCACUAUUGCAGCGAUCCUGGCAAAUUUAUAUCAGUGCUUCUGACAGCUAUGACAUCCAUGUUUCAAAUGGAGAUGCCCCAAGUUAACGUUCUGUCUAAAGUCGACCUGGCUGAACAACAUGGCCGGUUGCAUUUUGGUCUUGACUUCUACACAGAAGUGCUAGACUUAAACUACCUUUUGGACGCAAUUAACAAGGAUCCCUUUAUGAAGAAAUAUCGCCAACUUAAUGCUGCGCUGAUUGAUGUCGUUGAAAAUUAUAGUUUUGUAUCGUUCCUACCUUUAUCCAUCUCCGACGCGCAGUUGCUCAGCAACGUUCGCGCUGCCGUCGACAAAGCUAACGGCUACAUCUUUGGAGCAGGAGAAGAAAAUCAGAGAAACAUUGUUGCCUUACUUUCUGCCGCAGUGGGUGCACAGUUCCAUGGCGAAUUUUCCGGGACGGUGAGCGAAAAGUACCUCGGCUCAGAUGAAUUUCGUGAGGACGAUGAAACGUAUGAUAAUGAAAAUUCCAUGUCUGUCAAUUGAUGUCGAAUCCAUUCUGAAUAAAAUAAAAUACUGAUAAUCA